AUGGCCCCUAGCAAGGCCAGUCUCCAGUUUCCCAACUUACCACUGACCCACUCACUUGCCACAGACCAUGCACACCCCUCUACUCUUUGGGCUGCGGGCUUUGUGGGCUAUUGGAUGGAGUUGGCCCAAUUCCAGAGACCUCCAGUCCUUAGUAGAUCGAGAAAUCCGUAG